CGCGCCCAUGCUGAGCUGGGUGGCCGUUUUGCUCUGCCGGGUUCCUGCCAGUGAGCUCCGCCUCUUGGGCUGCCUUGGCCCUGGGCUUUUAAUUUACGAGUUCCAAGAGCAACGCGAGUGAGCGUCUACCCGGUUCGACGCAUGCGUAGAUCUCCAUAGCUGACUUAUGGUGACCCUAUCCCGGUGGGGUUUUCAUGCAACAAUGGAUGAACCAUUUCCGGACAGUUCAGAGAAGCUUACUGUCAUCCAUUCAAAAGCCCACAGAGAUACUAUUCUGGCUAACUUUGAAGAUCAGAGAAGAAAAGAUUUUUUGUGUGAUAUCACUUUAAUUGUGGAAAAUGUUCACUUUAGAGCACAUAAAGCUUUACUUGCUGCCAGCAGUGAAUAUUUCUCAAUGAUGUUUGUUGAUGAGGGAGAGAUAGGCCAGUCCAUCUAUAUGCUGGAAGGGAUGGUGGCAGAUGCUUUUGGUGCAUUGUUGGAAUUUAUCUACACAGGCUAUCUACAGGCUAGCGAAAAAAGUACAGAGCAAAUAUUGGCCGCUGCUCAUCUCCUCAAAGUGAAUGACUUAAUAAGGGCAUAUACAGACCAUCAAAAGAGUCACAGUCUGAAUAAUACACUCUCUGCUGUGCCUAACAACGCAGCUGCAGUAGUUGUUUUUGUGGAAGAUCCAAAAAGUGAAACACCACCAAAGCGAAAACGUGGAAGACCAAGAAAAGUGAAGAAUAUCCUGGAGGAAAAGUUGGGCACACCCUCAGCAGAAGAUGCACAGCUGAGAGAGAACAACUCAGUUCAGAAUAAGCAACAUGUUAUGAAAAAGGGUGUUGUCAUAGAAGAAAGAGAUUCUAAUGAGUUGACUGCAGUAGGCAAAGAAGUAGGAGAAACCGAGCAUGCAUGUAGUUCAGAUGCUGCUGUAGCUCUCUCUACUGAAAAAGAUGAGAACUAUGAUCCUAAAUCCCAAAAUAUGCAGGCUGGCCAGAGUCGCUAUAGUAAACGUAGGAUUCGGAGAUCAAUCAAACUAAAAGACUAUAAACUUAUUGGUGAUGAAGAGGGCAGUGGGCUGAAAAAGAGGACUGGCAGAAGAAGGAAACAUACAGGAUCUGAAGUCCAGUGCAAAGAUUGUGGGAAACUCUUUAAAUAUAACCAUUUUUUAGCUAUUCACCAAAGAAGUCAUACAGGGGAACGUCCAUUUAAGUGCAGUGAGUGUGGUAAAGGCUUUUCCCAAAAGCACUCUCUCCAAGUUCACGAGCGAAUGCAUACUGGAGAACGGCCAUACACGUGUACUGUCUGCAAUAAGGCUUUAACAACAAAACAUUCACUUCUGGAACACAUGAGCCUGCAUACAGGUCAGAAGGCUUUUACCUGUGAUCAGUGUGGAAAAUACUUCAGCCAGAAGAGACAACUUAAAAGUCAUUACAGAGUUCACACAGGCCAUUCAUUGCCAGAGUGCAACCAAUGUCAUCGCAAAUUCAUGGAUGCAGCUCAAUUAAAGAAACAUUUAAGAACACAUACAGGUGAAAAACCAUUCACAUGUGAAAUCUGUGGCAAGUCUUUCACAGCAAAAAGCUCUCUUCAGACUCACAUCAGAAUCCACAGAGGAGAAAAACCAUACUCAUGUGGCAUUUGUGGGAAAUCCUUUUCUGAUUCCAGUGCCAAGAGGAGGCACUGCAUCUUACACACUGGCAAAAAGCCUUUCUCUUGUUCGGAGUGCAAUGUGCAGUUUGCACGCUUGGACAAUUUGAAAUCUCAUUUGAAGAUUCACACCAAAGAAAAGCAAUUGCCGGAAGUGAACAGUCCUCCCAACAAUAGUGGCACAGAGGAAGUCAGGAACAUUCUUCAGCUACAGCAGUAUCAGCUGUCCACAGCUGGUGCACAAGAGAUCCAGCUGCUGGUUACAGAUUCAGUGAACAACAUAAAUUUUAUGCCUGGCCAUAACCAAGGUAUUAGCAUUGUCACCACUGAUGGGUCCCAAAAUGUGAUGACGGACCAUUCUGGUAGUCUCACCCUUCUCACCCAGCCACCGCAGCACCUGCAGAACUUGCUUCUUUCCUCCCAGCCAGAACCAGCAGACCAGAUGCAGAGUAUCAAUAUUGUGAGCAAUGAAAUGGAGACUGCCCAGGCUGAGCAAAUGCAUGUCAUCACUCUGUCAAAAGAAGCUCUGGAACAUCUUCAUGCCAAUCAAAGUCCAGCAGAGGUGCUUCAGAUAGCAACAGAGGCAUCACAUCCAGCCCAGCACUUGCAAGUAGCCCAAGAACCCAGUCAGUUCCACAUCAGUCAAGAUACAGUCCUGCCUCCUCAAAUAAGUAAAGAACAGGCCCAAACAGUACAUGUCUCUGAAUCGCCGCAACAGUCCCUGACUGUAGACCAUUCAUCUAAUAAUCAUCAUACUGAAAGGCAGACUUUUUAGAAGGUUGGCUGAUUUGCUUCAUAGGAAUUUAUUUAACAGGAAUGCGUUGAGGUCUUUCAUACCAACUGCAUUGUGUUCGGUCUGUUGACUCUUUAACUUUGGUGACACAGACAGAUGCCUUAUUGUAACUGGAUUGUUUUUUUAAGAACUUGAUUUACUUAACACAGAUAGGAUGGUUUCAUAUGUGGAUUCCAUAUUUGUUUCACCUGAAUCGCAGUGAGUAAUAUUGUGCCCGUGAUCUAUCCAAACCGAUGUGCUUUUACAAUCCUGUUAAUUUUAAUGGGAGAGAGCUCUGUUUAAAGAUGGGAUAGGAUGUAAAAGUGCUUCACUUUGGCUGGAUCUUGUAUAUAUGUUUAACAAAGUUUAAAGUACUUACAUUUAAUUGUUUUUCUCCUUUGUGUUCCUUUUAUGCAAACUAGGGUCAGUGGAGACCCAGAUUAAGCCUAUAUGGCAAAAAACUAGAUUUGGAAUGCCCUUGUGUCUGUAUGAACUAAAAGGAUGUGUGAAAUUUGACCGUUCGUUUCUGAAAGAGUUUUCAUUUUUGCCUCCCCAUACUCUUGGAUAUACUCUUGUUCUGUGAAGCAUCUCAGGUACAUUUUGGAUGGGUCUUUGUGUGUGUGUGUGUGUGUGUGUUUUCUCCUGAAUAAGCAGUUGCACAAACUGAUGCUUAUUACCUUGGCAGGCUAAUCUCUGUGUAUUGACAUUUUACAUGUGCAGAUGCAUGCAGAGUAUUGUCUAUGAUUUCCAUUCAAUUCUGGAACCCUGCCUUAAUGAGUAAAAUAAGGUCCAAGUUGAAAAAGGAAGAAGAGCAAAAGCUGGAUCUGCAAGCAACACAUGCACAUAGACCAUUCUGGAAAAUGACAAUUAAAAGCUCAAUUUUUUAAAAUUGUUUGUGUCAUAGCUUUGGCUUUGCCCAAGAUGUUCCCUGAGCCAGCUGCACAUAAUUAGUUGUGAAGGGGAAUGCACACUGGAAUGUUCAUCCCACAGAGUGCUAAAAGUCAUCUGCACUCAGGUCCACAGGCUUAGGCACCUUCAGUUUCUUCAUUGCGUGCUCUCUACCUACCUAGCAUGCACGAGAGCUUGUAUAUCCAGCUGUCGCGUGUUUAUGCAAAGUAAAUUUGAAAGAAUCAGGCAUAAGGAAGAUUACAGUAAUUGUUUGUACCAGCAUUACAAUAUCCGUUUUGCAAACUGAACUUUGCAAGAUUACUGUGGCAUUCCUAGGUUUAACCAUGGUUAAUAGUUCAGAAUAACACUGACCUGUUGGGAAUUUGUGCUUAAGAGGAGAGGAGGCAAACAACAUGCAGACUUCUUCUAACACUUUAAUGGUAGUUAAAAGCCAGAACUCUGUCACAUCAUAUCUGCACUAGCCCUCUGUAUUAUCUUAUUUUGUUACUUGUGUUAUUCCUGCCCAGAACCCAAUGUGUGCUGUAUGCCUAGAACCACUGCACAGGCACCCCAUUCACCUCCAUGGAGGGUCCGGUUCUGCACACAUACAGAGCUGCCCUUUGACACAAAUAGGAAUCCUUUAUGGGUGGGAGAACUGGGUAUAUGUGUGAAUUCCCUUGAAAAACUGCUGGAUCCCAGCAGCUGCCCUUUUGUUCCUUAUAUGAACUCAUCCUAAUGUAUGCACUGCAAUGGUGAUAGUAUUGGAUGGUUAGAAUACACUGGAGGGACGCAUGGGUUCAUUUAUUGCCUGUACCGUCAGUGUAUUUUAUAACCAUGGCCUAAUAAUUUAAACAUUCUGUGCCUUAGCUUUUACAACUACAAAAUGGAAAUAAGCUGUCAUCGUCUCUGCAAAGCACCUUGAUUGUUCUCACAUGAUAAAAUUCUAGAAAUGUGCAACAUAUUUUUACCAUAAAAUUCAGCUGUUGUUUUCAAAUCAUUAUAUUUUGUUGUAAAAAUAUAUUUUAUUGUUGGUUAAAACGGCAUCAUACAACAUGAUUGAGCUGCUGACAAAGAUACUCUCCAGGAGGGGAAAAAUCCAUAAUUGCAAUAUUUCAGAUUAUACAUUUCAAUCUAUGUCUUAAAAUCUAUGAAAGUAUUUAUUAGGUGACUUGUUAAAACUUAAAUAUAUAUCCCAGAGUUAUUGUGAAUAAUGUUUAGAAUGUUUAUAAAUAUUCAACAAAAAGAGAUAAUACCUAGAAAUUCAGCCUCUACAAAUAAUUUUCCCACAACAUUGUUUCUGCUAUAAAUAUAUCACUAUAUUGAUGAAAGAAAACAAUAGCCAAUUUUACCAGCUGGGCAAUGCUUGAGUACGUGCAGGUGUUUUUUGUAAAAUGAAGUUGUUUUGCCUUAAAAUUAGAGGGUGGGAGAAGCAUGCUUAAAUGUAUCCCAACCACAUGCACCUAGCAUAUUUCUCGGUAGGGUUUUCCUGUAUGCUGCCAACUCCACCUUAGUCAGAAUCUCAUUCCUAGAGAUUUUGGAUCCUCUUCUUCAAUCUUGCUGCUUAUUAAUAACCUACCAGUUGCAUGAUUGACUUGGCCUAUGUAAUAUGUAUGAGAAGCAUGAAUACUCACUUUUCUAGGCAAUAUCAACUUACGCAUAAUGUGCAGGAACAUUAUUUCAGAAAGGAAUUCAUUCUCCAACUAUAAAAAUAUAGCUCAUCUGACUUGUUUCCCCUGGAGUACUGAAUAUCAAUUGAAAAAUAAAACUUCAACUGUCUGAAAAAAUACUGGUUAUGGUAAUGCUAAAAAAAUUAAAGUUAUAUUAAACUGAACU